AGAACACCUGUAAGUACGGUGGCCCCGAGGGGAAACCGUAAGACCCCUCUUGGAAACACACGACGGUGAGCAGACUAACAACCGACCAACAACAGAAAACUGACAGACUUGCUGUCUCACAGACCCUUCAGAAUCAUGAUGGAGCUUUCAUAUCAAUCCAUGAAAAUCGCUCAUCAAGCCCGGGAGGCGGAUGAGCUGAGGACUGAGAUGAGGAAGAAGAGCCUCCUCAUCCUCAUCUACCAACACCUGCUGGGACAAGGCUAUGUAGCCGCUGCAGUGGCCUUGGACCAGGAGACAAAUGGAGGCGUGAGGAAGUUCGAGGUUUGUGAUAACAUCGAUCUGGAGAUGGUGCUGAUGGAGUAUGAAAGCUAUCACUAUGUCAAAUUCCAGAAAUAUCCCAAACUUAUUAGGAAAACAGCAGAACCAGGUGAAAACAGAUAUGCAAAAAGUGGUGGAGUAAAGAGGAGUCCCUGUUCAGCUAUGAAGCCUCUUCCCAAAAUCAAUCCUUCCCAGAGUCCACAGUCUGGAAACGGACCCAAGAGGGCAGCCACCAGUGAGAAUGGCUUAUCUGUUCCUCCAGAGUCAUCAGAGUUUGGUCUCAAUGUUUCCUCCAUCAAAAAUGGACCAGCAGGGGAGGUAGCCAUGAACAGGAAGGGACAGAUGACUGAUGGCAAAGGAGGUGGCAUUGACUCAGACCACAUGGAACGGCUGCUGAAGCCUCUUAGUGGCUUCUCUGGGAUGAGUGGUGAGAUGAGAGAACUGGCUGCAAUCAUCAGCAGGGACAUCUAUUUGCACAGUCCCAACGUGCGGUGGGAGGACAUCAUCGGCCUGGAGGACGCCAAGCGAUUAGUCAAAGAGGCCGUCGUCUAUCCCAUUAAGUACCCCCAGCUGUUUACAGGCAUCUUGUCUCCAUGGAAGGGCUUGCUGCUUUACGGCCCCCCAGGUACAGGAAAGACCCUGCUGGCCAAGGCAGUGGCCACAGAGUGUAAGACGACCUUCUUCAACAUUUCAGCCUCCAGCAUUGUCAGCAAGUGGAGGGGAGACUCUGAGAAACUGGUCAGGGUCCUGUUUGAGCUGGCCAGGUACCAUGCCCCAUCCACCAUCUUUCUGGAUGAGCUAGAGUCAGUGAUGGGCCAGAGAGGAACCAGCAUGGGAGGAGAGCAUGAGGGCAGUCGCAGGAUGAAGACAGAGCUGCUGGUUCAGAUGGACGGACUGGCAAGAUCAGAGGACCUGGUGUUUGUACUGGCUGCUUCCAACCUGCCAUGGGAACUGGACCAUGCCAUGUUGAGGAGAUUGGAGAAGAGGAUUCUAGUGAGUCUUCCCUCCUCACCAGCUCGCCAAGCCAUGAUCUCUCAUUGGCUACCUCCUCUCAACUCCACAGGAGGAGUGGAGUUACGAACUGAAUUGGACUAUGAAACCCUGGCAAAGGACAUGGAAGGUUACUCUGGCUCUGAUAUCAGAUUGGUGUGUAAGGAGGCUGCCAUGAGACCAGUCCGCAAGAUCUUUGAUGCCCUGGAGUCAGAGGACACUGACAUGCCUGCCAUCCAGCUGGAAACGGUGACAACAGCUGACUUCCUUGAAGUCAUUGCACAUACCAAACCCUCGGCCCGAAACUUGAUGGACAGAUACACAGCCUGGGAGAGAGAGUACGAGUCUGUCUGACACUCAUACAUACAAAGGCACAUUUUAACAUUAAAAAAACAUGAAAGACUUUUACACUAACACUACAACAUACAAAUACAUACAAAUUAGCAUACUGUAGUUACACUUAAUGGGAGAUGUAGCAAGAUUUUCAAGAGUAUGUUAUUUUUUAACAAGCAUUUUUUUAACCUUUGACAUAUGUGACAUUACAAACCUAGUACAGUAGGAUGGGACAGCACCAGUCUGAUAGCAUAGAGCAUAUAUGACUUCAUAUUUGAGAAACAUAAGACGAAGCAGCAAAAUAAUGUGUGAAUACAAAUUUCCUGAAGAAGUACUCCAAACAGUAAUACUCUGAGACAGUGCUACUAUUUUUUAAUGUUGUCUGUAAUUUUAUUUAUUUGUACAUGAUCAUAAUCACAAAAAAUAUUAAAUGAUUAUUACCAGCUGAAGAUUUUUUUUUAUUCUAACUUAGAAUUAUACAUUACAAUGCAAUGACAAAACAUGUUAUUUUGGCAACAGAUGGUGCAUAGUUUUUUGUUGUUGUUGGCGGCCCAAAUUUAU